AUGUCACAAAUGCCAUAUUGGCCAGAGUCAUCCCUCGCCCUAGCAUUAUCCGCCCUUAUGGCUCUCAUACCUGUUGCUGAAGAUCAACUACCAACAACCGAUAUGAGUCUCGCACUGAGGCGGUCGUACGCUCAGCUCUUCGCUCAGACAGCGUUAGCUGCCGCAGAUAAAGAGAUCGACGAUCUAUCUCCUGGUUUGGGUGCCAUACCAGAAACACAGUCGUGUCAAGUGCGAAGCUCGUUACAUCCACGGCUGCCCGCUCAAUUGGAACCGAUUCUGGCUCUUGUCGUUCUUGGCGUCUAUGAGUAUAUCCAACGGGGCAAUAUUUCCAGAAUUCGAGCUCGGGUCAACCAGGCUAUCACGACGGCCAUGGAUAUAUCUCUUCACAGCCUCGAUGACACAGUAACGGAAUUUUCCGAGGCACAGAGACGAACUUGGUGGAUUACCAGUAUCCCAUUGAUCACUCACUGA